GGAGGUGAACAUCAUCAGCUUUAUUAACACUGUCCCAGUCCUUUAGGAUCCUAUGAAUCUCUUCUUUCAACUCCACCCUUAAAAAGAACUACUCCUCCCUUAAAGAGAACUACUCCUCUACCAAAAUCUUUAAGUCCCUUCUGCUCUUGCAAAUUACAAUUACAAUACAUAUAUAAUAACAAACAAUUGCUUACUUUUAUUUGCAAAACAAGAAGUCAAGUUCUUCUACCUUCUCUACCUAUUAUAUUAGUACAUUGAGCUCUUCCAAAAGUUUCUGAAGAAAUAAUCAUCAUUUUAACAUUAGGUUCCAGUCCAAUAUGGGCCUCUCACAAUAUCCAGCUCCAGCAGAUGCAGGAGUACUGUGUGUGAUUCUUGUAAACACAGCCAUAUCUAUUUCCAUUGUCAAGGAGAUAGUCCGAUCGAUCCUUCACGUUAUUGGCAUCCAUAUCGCAUCAUGGGAAGAUUAUUCUUUUGAAGGAUCAUUUGAAUGCCGCGGAAGCCCAUCAGAGUCAUACAUGGAGGAGUUUAGAAGCCGAACACCUGCAUUUCGUUAUGACUCGGUGUGUAUCUCUAACCACCCUGAGCAAGAAUGCUCUGUGUGCCUGACUAAAUUCGAGCCUGACACAGAGAUAAACCGUCUCUCCUGUGGCCAUGUUUUCCAUAAGCUGUGUCUAGAGAAGUGGCUCAAGUAUUGGCAUGUAACUUGCCCUCUUUGCAGGAAACACAUGAUGCCUCACGAGCAAGAGGACGAUACAUGUCCAAUGUGAGAUUAAGUGUUUUAUGAUGCCACUUCAUCCUUUUGAGGAUGUUCUUAUGUACAGCUUAGUAGUGUGUACAAGCUGAGUAUGUGGAUGCUUGAUCUUUGGCGCAAUGUAGUCCUAUAGCUUGUUAUAUUUUGUGAUGCUUUGCGUCCUCUCUGAGUGACGGGUCUCUUUGUUGUGACCAAAAACUUAUACAUUGUUGUACAUAAUGUAGUCCUAUAGCUGGUUAUAUUUGUGAUGCUUUGCGUCCUCUCUGAGUGACGGGUCUCUUUGGUGUGACCAAGAACUUAUACAUUGUUGUACAUAUAUUACCGAAGCUGUCUCUUA